AAGUUAAAAACACGUCAAUCAUCUUGCGGCGAAUAUUUUAUUUGUAAUUUUAUUCUAUUUAUUUUAAUUUUUUAUAAAUCUUUUAGUUCAUAUAAUAAAAUGUUGAGAUAUCGAGGAAAAAAGAAAGUAUUGGAUAAAGUGAAAGAACUGGACGCUUUCCCCAAAGUUCCCGAAGAAUACGUCGACAGUACCCCGGUAGGCGGUACAUUUUCAGUUCUUACUUUUUUUAUUAUUCUCUGGCUAAUUUAUAGUGAAUUGACGUAUUAUUUGGAUAGUAAUUUGGUAUUUCAAUUUAUGCCAGACAUCGAUAUGGACGAAAAGUUGCGAAUAAAUAUAGAUAUAACAGUGGCUAUGCCCUGUUCGAAUAUUGGAGCAGAUAUCUUGGAUUCGACGUCGCAGAGCGUGUUUGGAUUUGGAGAGUUACAAGAGGAGGAUACGUGGUUCGAAUUAACGCAGGAGCAGCAAGAUGCUUUCGAUGCGAUAAAAUACUUAAAUUCUUAUCUUAGGGAAGAGUACCAUUCUGUUUGGAAACUGCUUUGGAAAAAGGGACAUGGGUCUGUGCGCGCUACUGUACCACCCAGAAAAACGAAACCUAAUCGGAGACCAGAUGCCUGUAGAUUACAUGGAGUUUUGAUCCUGAAUAAAGUCGCAGGCAACUUUCAUAUCACAGCUGGAAAGAGCCUACAUUUACCACGAGGUCAUAUACACUUGAACAUGUUAUUUGAUGACACGGCACAGAAUUUCAGCCACCGUAUAAACAGACUCAGUUUUGGAAGUCCGGCAAAUGGUAUAAUUUACCCAUUAGAAGGUGAUGAGAAAUUAACAACAGAUGAGAACAUGCUGUAUCAGUACUUUAUUGAGGUGGUGCCCACAGAUGUGGAUACCACGUUUGAAUCUAUAAAGACUUACCAGUACUCUGUUAAGGAGUUGGAGCGGCCAAUUAGUCAUACAAAAGGCUCGCAUGGAGUGCCCGGUAUCUUUUUCAAAUAUGAUAUGGCUGCUCUAAAAGUUAAAGUUUAUCAGGAACGUGAGAAUGUAUUACAGUUUAUGUUAAGACUAUUUUCUAUUAUAGGAGGUAUAUAUGUGAUUAUAGGUUUUAUUAAUACCAUAGUUUUAACCAUAAGAACAUUAUUGUUUAAGAAAGUUGCACCUCAUGUGUUAGUGCAGAAACAAACUGACUCCCAAUCAAAAUAUAAAUCUAAUCCAUUGUUAAUCACUCCUGACUUAAGUGUACCUACAAAUUUAGUGAGACAAUGAUAGUAAUUUCAUAUUAUAUUUUAAUAUAAUUUUGUAUUAUACUUAUGAGAUUUACUAUUCUGAUUAGGCUUUUUAUGAAUAUUUUUAUUGUUAUAUAAAGUAUUAUAUAAUUUUAUAUACUGCAGUAUAUUCUCUAGAUCUUUUUUCAAUAGGUAUUUACAAUCGGGUGCGAUAAAAUGUAAACAUUGUAACUCUUUAUAGACAGUGACUUACAAAUUCUACAUGUAUUUGUCGCCAGCCACUGUUUAUGUUACUCAAUUGCUAAAAAUUUCAUUAUUAAUGAAGAUUGGACAAGUUUGCAAACUUUAAAACUACAUGUUUAUGAUACAGCUUUAAUUACAAACUUGUAAGUUAUAAUCUUUUUUUAAAAUGAAUGAUUUCAAACUAUGUUGCAAAAUCUAGCUGGAGAUAAUAAUUGAAAUAAACUUUAUAUAAAUAAAUAUGACAUGUUUACAUGUUAUUGCAUGUGACUGUAUAAUCGAUAAAUAUUGUAAUUACUUCUUUACUUUGUGACAUAAUGUUGCUCUAUGAUAUGUGAUAUUUUUUAAUUAUUUUAUACAUAUUUUUGAUUAAUUUCAUAUCUAUUUUCCUAAUAAUUAGAUUCUUUAGUAAUGCAUUUAUUAUCUAAGCUUGAUCUUCAGGUCAGAUUACAGGGUGCUUACCCUGAGAGAACUACUUAUACAUUGACAAAAUUAGGUGAAGAGAUUUUAGUACUAUAUAAAAGUAAAUGUCUGUCUACCAAACUCUCAAGGACAUUGUUUACGUAAAAGGUACAAGCUGUUUGGUAGUAUGUUUAUUUGUUUGUUAUGUUUUAUUUUAUAAUUGGCUAUAAAAAUAAGUUUUAAUUUAUUUUAUUCACUUCAAAAAAAAACUUACAUUUUGUAACAUGAUUGUAUGUAUUGUCUUUGUGUUCAAAUAUUGAAUAAAAUGUUACAUCCAAAGAAUCGAAACUGAUGGGAAGUAAAAGUUUUUGAUUGGCGACAUGUUAAAACAAGUGUAGUACAGGUUACAGUACUUUUGUUAGCUGGAAUAAUAAGCUUGAGUGACGUCAAUAAAUGCAGAGGUGGCAGUUAUAAGAUUGAUGUUCAUCUAAGUGGAAUUAGGUAGUUUCAAGUGUAGAUGUGUAAUACAGCCAGCAUGCAAACACUGUAAUACUACUUUGUUACAAUGAUCAUCUUUAUCAGUUCACACCAAUCCACUGCUAGAGAUAAGAAUUCACAUGUUGUGACCAAUAAAUACCUACUUCACCAAAUCAAUAAUUCUUGAAAUUUGAAAGGAUUUUAUCUAAUUAUUGUAAUACCUAUUAGUACGUAAUUAGUUCGACAGUUAGCUAGUUUGCUAUUUUAAAAAAAUAAUUGUAUGUCAGAGCACGCUUGUGUUAGUGAGUGCAUUCAAAAUAUUAAGAUUAAUCUUUGACAUGAUAAAAUAAAGUGCCAGUUAGGUGCAUUGUUAUAUUAAUCAUGUUUGUUUAUUCUUUAAAAUGUUUAUGUAAUAAAUUUGGAAAUUUGUAAUUUAAAAUAAUGACAAUUGUUUACAAUGACAUAUUGAAAGAAAGAAAAUGAAGGAGAUAUUCCAAGAUGGCGUGUUUGGUUCCAUAUCCAAUGGGGUCUCUUUGUUUAUCUCCUUGUUUCUUGUGGUAUUAUAAGAAAUCGGUGAUUUAUUUACAAUAUAGUUUACAAAUUAUUCUCAGUGACUAUUUUGGGGGUUAUUGCAUUAUUACAUAGGUAUAGGAUUAUUAUAUUCAUAAAUUAUUAAUAUGAGUUGGAGAUGACAAGAGAUCUCAAUCGUUUUUUUUUUUAAUUAUCAAUAUACAAUUUGCAUAAUGUUUUAGAACAUUGAAUUAUUAUUUGAUAAUGUAACAUACCCCUUAAUUUGAUUCUGUAUAUUGUUGACAAGGGUACUGAUUAAAAUCGGCUGUACCGAAGUCUGGUACUAUUUGCAUUAUCUAUAAAUUUUUAAAAAUAAAUUCAAUUAAUUACUCAUAAAUUUUGAUAAUAAUUUAGUAUAAAAAUUUUUACAGAUUAAUGUUUUUGUUCACUAUAAAAGUAUUUUGUAAAUGAUUAGAAAUGUAUUUAUUUAUUACACAAUAAUAUGUGUAUAUAUGUGUACAUAUAAUGAUUAAUAUUUUUUUUUUAAUGUCAGAUAAUGUAGAUGUUACCAGGCUUAGAUGUGAAUUGUGUGCUUAUUUGUGUUACCUGAUGUUGUAAUUGCUUAUUAUAAUUUGUCCAUAAAUGUUUGAAACUUGAUCAAUGUGUCAUGGACGUAAUUAGGUCAAAUGGAUGGGUUUGAUCUUGUUACACGUGUAUAAACGAACACGUGUUAAAAUUCUGACAUCUUAAAACUUAUUCUUUGCUUUGUCCUCGUCUUACAAUUUCGUAAUAUUGUUUUAUAUUUAUACGACUGCCAACAUUACUUUCAAAUAAUUAAUAUGAACAUGAUUACCACAAAUGACUGAAAACAAAAUAAAAUUGAAGCGAA